UAGCCUGGGGGAGGGCUGGCGGCAGAGAACCGGACUGAGUUCGAAUCCUCCUUUAGACGAGUCCCUCUGGGGCAGACACUGCCCGCCUGGGCCUCCUGGAACCCCGCCCCUCCCCCCCUCGUCCUAGGACUCUGCUGCUGGGCGAGGCUGGCUGGCGCUGGAAAGGACGGGAGGCCCGCAAGUCGGUGGGCGAAUUUUCUGCGGGGUACGAUGUAUCCCGGGGCUGCUCUGGUGUCUGACAGGGUUCGGCUGUGACCUCCGGCUUCCUCUUCGGGCUCUUCUUUGCUGCUGAAACUCCCUGUCUGAAGGGGGGCCGGUUUAGAGACAAGAAGUAAAGUGGCUGCUGGAAAAGGAGCCGGAGUUUGAAGCAGGGACUUCACCAGAGGGACUCACUGGGGCUACGUUGCUGCCUCUACAGGGAGUCUGAAAUCCCAGAAAUGGCCUUGGAGAGGGACAGACUCCCAGUCCAGGAGGUGGUGACGUUCCAGGAUGUGGCUGUGGACUUCACUCGGGAGGAGUGGCGCCUCUUGUCCCCUUCCCAGAAGGAGCUGUACAAGGAGGUGAUGCUGGAGAAUGCCCAGAACCUGCUAACAGUGGGACUUCCAGCUCCCCCAGAAAAAGUUGUGUCUUAUAUGCAGCAGAGAGAUGUCCCAUGGAUGCUGGAGGAAGAAGGUCUGAGGAUCUGGUACCCAGAAGGAGAAAACAGACCUGAAAUUAUGGCGAAUCCAACAGAGGUAAGCUUUCCUGUGGAAGAAGUGAACCUACAAACACCAAUUAGUCAUGCUCCUGAUAACUUUGCUUCCAGGGAAUUCAGUGUCGUGUCUCAAAAUUCAUGUUAUAUUGAACAUCAAAGAAUGCAUCCUGAGGAAAAAUCUAGUGAAAAGAAUCAGUGUGGAAAGACUUUUAUGCACAGGGCCAGUCUUUCUGGACAUCAGAGAAUCCACACUGGUGAGGAAAUUUAUGAAUACAAGCAAUGUGGAAAGACAUUCAUUGUGAGCUCCAGUCUUGCUAGACAGCAGAAAAUGCACACUGGGGAGAAACCUUAUGAAUGCAAGCAAUGUGGAAAGGCAUUCAUUCGCAGUUCCAGUCUUUUGGAACAUCAGAGAAUGCACACUGGGGAGAAACCAUAUGAAUGCAAGCAAUGUGGAAAAGCAUUCAGUCGGAGGUGUCAUCUUGCUGCACAUCAGAGAAUGCACACUGGGGAGAAACCAUAUGAAUGCAAGCAAUGUGGAAAAGCAUUCAGGUACAGCUCCAAUUGUGCUGCACAUCAGAGAACACACCAUGGGGAGAGAACUUAUGAAUGCAAGCAAUGUGGAAAGGCAUUCAGUCACAGGUCUAUUCUUUUGCAACAUCAGAGAAUUCACACUGGGGAGAAACCUCAUGAAUGCAAGCAAUGUGGAAAGGCAUUCAGUCACAGGUCUAUUCUUUUGCAACAUCAGAGAAUUCACACUGGGGAGAAACCUUAUGAAUGCAAGCAAUGUGGAAAAGCAUUCAGUCAGAGGUGUCAUCUUGCUGCACAUCAGAGAAUGCACACUGGUGAGAAACCAUAUGAUUGCAAGCAAUGUGGAAAGGCAUUCAGUCACAGGUCCACUCUUGUACAACAUCAGAGAAUGCACACUGGGGAGAAACCUUAUGAAUGCAAGCAAUGUGGAAAAGCAUGCAGUGGCAGCUUCCUUCUUGCUGCACAUCAGAGAACGCACACUGGGGAGAAACCUUAUGAAUGCAAGCAAUGUGGAAAAGCAUUCAAUCACAGAUAUCUUCUUAAUGCACAUCAGAGAAUUCACACUGGGGAGAAACCUCAUGAAUGCAAGCAAUGUGGGAAAGCAUUCACUCGCAGAUAUCGUCUUAAUGUACAUCAGAGAAUUCACACUGGGGAGAAACCUCAUGAAUGCAAGGAAUGUGGAAAAGCAUUCAGUCUCAGCUCCCAUCUUGUUAGACACCAGAGAAUACACACUGGGGAGAAACCUUAUGAUUGCAAGCAAUGUGGAAAAGCAUUCAGGUACAGCUCCCAUCUUGGUAGACACCAGAGAAUACACACUGGGGAGAAACCUUAUGAUUGCAACCAAUGUGGAAAGGAAUUCAGUCAGAGGUCCAGUCUUUUGCAACAUCAGAAAAUUCACACUGGGGAGAAACCUUAUGAUUGCAACCAAUGUGGAAAGGAAUUCAGUCAGAGGUCCAGUCUUUUGCAACAUCAGAAAAUUCACACUGGGGAGAAACCUUAUGAUUGCAACCAAUGUGGAAAGGAAUUCAGUCAGAGGUCCAGUCUUGCUAAACACCAGAAAGUGCACAGUAGGGAGAGACCUUAUGAUUGCAAGCAACGUGGAAAGGUAUCCAGUCAAGACUCCCAUCUUGUACAACAUCAGAGAAUGCAUAAUGGCGAGAAACCUUAUGAAUGCAAGCAAUGUGGAAAAGCAUUCAGUAACAGCUCCCAUCUUGGUAGACACCAGAGAACGCACAGUGGGGAAAAACCUUAUGAAUGCAAACAAUGUGGAAAAGCAUUCAGUGACAGCUCCCGUCUUGCUACACAUCAGAGAAUGCAUACUGGGGAGAAACCUUAUGAUUGCAAGCAAUGUGGAAAAGCAUUCAGUGACAGGUCCUAUCUUGCUAUACAUCAGAGAACACACACUGGGGAGAAACCUUAUGAUUGCAAGCAAUGUGGAAAGGCAUUCAGUCAAAGGUCCGGUCUUGUGCAACAUCAGAGAAUUCACACUGGGGAGAAACCUUAUGUAUGCAAGCAAUGUGGAAAGGCAUUCAAGCAAAUUUCCGAUCUUGGAACACAUCAGAAACUACACACUGGGGAGAACCCUUAUGAAUGUAAGCAGUGUGGAAAGACAUUCAUUAAGAGGUCCUAUGUUGCUAAACAUCAGAGAACGCACACUGGGGAAAAACCUUAUGAAUGCAAGCAAUGUGGAAAGGGAUUCAAUCAGAAAUCCAGUCUUGUGAAACAUCAGAGAAUGCACACUGGGGAAAAACCUUAUGAAUGCAAGCAAUGUGGAAAGGCAUUCAGUGAGAAAUCCGGUCUUGUGAAACAUCAGAGAACGCACACUGGGGAAAAGCCUUAUGAAUGCAUGCAAUGUGGAAAGGCAUUCAGUCAGAAAUUCAGUCUUGUGAAACAUCAGAGAAUGCACACUGGGGAGAAUCCUUAUGAAUAUAACCAAGGUGGGGAGACAUUCAGUUGGAACUCCCAUCUUGCUGCACAUCAGUAAACCUUCAUUGGAGAGAACCUUGAGAAGAAAAGCUAUGUGAAAGGAUGUUCUGACAGUCAAGGAAUGGAAAUGAAAACUAUAUGUGUGUAUAUGCCUGCAAAUGACUGUUUUCCUGUUGUUGUUUUUUUUUUUUUCACUUAGAAGGAGAAAUCAGAAAGCGAAUUCAAUAGAGGUUAACUUUCCUGUGGAAGAAACGUACCUACAAAGAUCCACUGGUGAUGGUCCUGAUAACUUUGCUUCCAGGGAAUUUUGUGUUGCAUUUCAAAACUAAUCUCAUGUUGAACACCAAAGAAUGCAUCCUGAGGAAAAAUGUAAUGAAAAUAAUCAGUGUGCAAAGACUUAUGCACAGGGCCAGUCUUUCUGAUUAUUAGAAAAUCCACGCUGGGGAAAAACCUUAUGAAUGCAAUGUGGGAAGACAUUCAGUCAAAAGCUCCAGUCUUAUAAAACAUCAGAGAGUGCACACUGGGUGGAAACCUCAUAAAUGCAAGCAAUGUGGAAAAACAUUCAGUCUUAUAACUAAAAAUAAAUAGCAUCCCCUGGUCUAUGGAUUAUUAUCUCCAAUGCAUGUGAUAGGAUGCAGUCAGUCUCAACAGGAGAUGCUGGCUUUACAUGUGAGCUGUGAAUGCAAGAGUACUUCUCUCCAAUCUGAAUAGAUAUUGGAGUUGUUGACAAUAUUUAGAAUGGUCCUUUCCACGAAGGCUGAGUUUCUCCAGUACACUUGAAAUUCUUAAUAUACACUAUCCUGGAUUCAGUUCAUGAAGAGAAAAGUCCAGUGGUCUGGCUUAUACUGCAGCUCUGGAUUCAUGAAGUUCAUGCAGUUUUUCUGUAAUUCCUUACAUAGGAAGCAAUCGUCAUAUCUCCCCCUCAUAGUGACAUAUAUGCAGGGUUUAAAGGCUUAUCCUGUAUAGGCGGACGUCCAAAAAGCAUCUCAAAAGGUGAGAUGUUUCGGUCUCCUCUAGGCUUGCUUCUGAGAUAAAAUAGGACCAGAGGGAGAAUUUCAGGCCAUUUUUAAGGUGUCUCAGUGCAUACUUUUCCAAUCAUAGUUUUAAGUGCUUUGUUCAACCUUUCAACUUGGACUGAGCUCUGGGGAUGAUGUGGAACAUGGAAUUGGGAGUUAUCGGUAACCAAGAAUAUAUCUGACUUAGGACACAAUCAGUAAAAUGCCUUCUUCUAUCUGAAUCAAUACGUUCUGACACACCAAAAGGAGUAAUAAUGUAUUUUAAAAGCACCUUAGCAACAAAAGCUGCUGUGACUUGGGUCUCCAAUAAUGCUUCCGGCCAUUUGGUUAGUUGAUCUACUAUGACUAGACAAAAUUUAUAAUGUCUAGUCUUUGACAUUGUUCUGAAAUCUGUCUGUAGGUAUUCAAAAGGUGUGUAAGGCAGAGGACACCCACCAAAAGCUUUGCCACCAAAGGAGUUUUCGUUAUUUGCCUGGCAGGUAGAGCAGGUUUAAUACACUAUAGAGGAUAUAGUGGUUAUACCAGAGGCUAUCCAUACUCUCUUAACAAAGUUCCUGAUACCCUGGGUACCAAAGUAACCAUUUUUAUGAACAGAUUGGCAAAUUUGGUGAUAGAAAAAUUCAAGGGAGCCAGGGUGUCCCUUCAGGUGUCACCCAUACUCCAUUAAUCUGUUUUGCUUUGAAUUUUUCCAUUUUUUCACUUCCUUUUCAUUACAGGAAAAUGAUUAGUUUAAAUCAUCAGUGGUUGUUAAUGUUAAAAUUAAUUGAAGCCCUUCUAUGGCUGCUAGCUUUGUAGCAGUAUCUGUUUGGUCAUUUCCCCUAGAAAAAGGGUCAGAGCUACAUGUAUGGGCAGAGCAAUGAACUACCGCUAGGGCUUCUGGCAGUUUAAGAGCAGAAAAACUUCAUUAAUAAUUUCUGCUUUAGGUAUGGCUUUUCCAGCUGAGGCUAAAAAUCCACUCAAGCCAUAGCAUCCUGACAGUGACAGAUGCAAAAAGCAUAUCAAGAGUCUGCAUAAAUUGUUGCCAUUUUACCCUUUGUAAUUAUACAUGCAUGUUUCAGAGCUAUGAGUUCUGCCCCUUGAGUGCUAAUAUUAGAGGGCAGUGAAGCUGACCACUCAGUGACAAAUUCUGUGACUACAGCAGCUCCAAUGUAGCAUAUGCCAUCUCUCAUAAAAGUACCAUCAGUAAAUAAGACCCGAUCUGAGUUGUUUAAAGGAGUGUCCAAGAGAUCAUCUUGAGGCUUUUCUGCCAUGGACACUAGUGUUUCACAACUAUGUCAUGAUAUUCUUGAAGUUGGUACAUCUGGAGGCAAGGUGGCAGGAUUAAGAGUUGAACAGAAUUUCAAGGUAACAUUUUCAUUGUUUAACAAAGUUAUUUCAUACCUUGUAAUUCACUGAUCAGAAAAUGCCUGUGUUCUAUGUCUUAGCAACAAUGCUUCUACCUCAUGUGGGCACAUAAUUGCUAAUGGGCAUCCUAAUACUAGAUCAACAUUUUUUGUCACUAGUAAGGCUGUAGCAGCUACUCCUCUAAGACAAGGUGGUGCUCCUGAUGCUACUCUGUCCAUUUGGGCAGAAUAAUAAGCAAUUGGGCACUGAGAAGGUCCCAGAGUAUGAGUUAAAACACCUGAAGCUACUCCUCUUCGCUCAUGUAUUUACAAAGCAAAUGGCUUGAUGUAAUCUGGGAUGCCUAGAGCGGGGGCAUACAGGAUACUCUUUUUUAGAUCUGCUAGAGCUGACAGGUUUUCUGGUUCUAAUUUGAGGGGUUCAGGGACCGAAUCGCUUGUUAGUGCUAUAAGGUGUUUAGUAAUUUCCCCAUAACAAGGAACCCAUUGUCUACAAAACCCUGUUGCUCCCUAAAUUGCUCUUAAUUAUUUCUUAGUGGUAGGAGCACUUCAAUUUUGAAUAUUCUGUUCUUUUGGGAGAAAUAGAGGGCACCAGCAGUCAGGUUGAACCCCAAAUAUUCUACUUAGGGGGGGGGCACCAUUAAACCUUGUCCUUCGAGAUCUUAUGACCUCUUUUGUGCAAUUCCAAAAGAAGAUGCUUGCUAUCUUCCUGACAUGCUUCUGCAUCUGGUGAACCCAAGAGUCGAUUAUCUUCAUAUUUGGUUAAUUCGCUGUUUUUAAAUUUCAUGUUAUCUGUAUCUCGGGUCAAAAUUUGUGCAAAUAAGCUCAUGAUGUCUACGAAAUGUUAUGGGAAAUGACUCCAGGAGUAUUGACAGCCCUACCAGGUGAAAGCAAAGAUAUGCCUAGAGUUCUCAUGUAUGGGUAGGUAAAUAAAGGCUGAGCACAAGUCUACUGCUGUAAAAUAUGUAGCUGUACUAGGAAUAGAAGAAAUAAUAGUAUUGAUUUUGAAAACUACAGAGUGUCUCUUUAUAACGUGAUUGUUCACAGCCCUCAAAUCCUCCACAAAUCUAUAGAGGUGUUUGCCAUCGGGCCCUCUUUUUGGUUUUUUUACUGGCAAGAUGGGCAUGUUGUAUUCAGAUUUACAAGGGAUUAUUAUUCCGUGAGCAGAUAAUGAGUUCAUUAGUGGGGUAAUUUCCUCAAUUGUGUCUUUUGAGAGGGGGUACUAAGGAAUGGAAGGAGGUGGGCUAGAUUUAGUUUUUAUCUGCACAGGAACAGCCGACUUAGGUAAGCCUACAUUGGUGGAAGAUGUGGCCCCAAGAGACUCUGGUAUAUCUGCAGGUUUUGCAAAGGUGGGAUGCUCUUUUUCCUCCUGCCUCUGAGAGAAAUACAGGGAGUAAAUUUAAAGCUUCAUCUGGUACUUCCAAUGAUAAGGAAUCUUCUGGGGAGCAAGUUAUUGUGACUCUGAGUUUGCAUAGAAGGUCCCUCCCCAGCAAAUUUAAAGGGGAGUCAGGCAUCAAAAGGAAGGAAUGUUGUACCUCUAGGGGUCCUAAAGACACCAUUCUAGUGGGAAGUCUUUUAAAUCUUUGGGGUAUUAUUGAUUCUCCCGUUACAUUCUCUGAACCAACAGAAUAACAAUGUAAAUCAGGUGUUCUCUGUAAUACAGAUCAGGAAGCUCCAGUGUCCAAAAGACAGUCAUAAUAGGUGUUACCCAGCUUUAAAGUAACAUGGGGUUCAUUAGUAUGGGGGGAUUGUGGACAACGGGUAGUAGGACAUCAAGGUCUGGAAAAUCAAAGGUUGUAUCCUUUGAUUCUUGUGCCCCCCCACCCCCCAGACCUUCCUAGUGUUUGGGAAGUUCCUUGGAUACCCCUGUGAAGGGCACCCCCCUGAGGGACAUUAGCAGCUCAAGUAUUUUUUGGACGAGCACCAUUUUUAAUAUAUUGUGGAGUCAUUUGUGUUAUCAUUUUCCCAAUAUCUAUUCCUAUAGUCAUCAUUUCUAAAUUUGUGUUUUGCAUUGUCAUAAUUACAUUUAUUUCUAUAAUUAUCAUUUCUGUAGUUGUUAUCAAACUGUGUAUUCCUUCCUAUAAUCUUGAGGAAAGCUCUACCCUCUACCAUAUUGUGGCCCUUCUUCCCAGAGAAGUAGCAGGUAAUGGAUUGAUAGUUAGAUUUCUGGAGAAGAGCAAGUGUCAUUGAUUCAUUAUCAUGCCCAGUUUCUAGUUUAGCUAUCGUAUCUUUUAAAUAUCUCAUUUUUUCCUUCAUUUCCUCCAUGGCAUCAUUAUUUUCUCCCUCCUUUUCUUCAUUUUCCUUUAAAACAUAUAUAUCUGUUUUUUGCAAUUCUUCAAAGUCCAUCUCUGACCAUCUUGGACAGUGUGUUCUAAAAUAAUCCUUAAUGGCUUUGUAAGAGUUAUUGACAAAAAUCCUUCUAACUUGUCUUAAGGUUUUCUCUUUAGUUAGGUCAAAAUCUAGGUAUCUAUUAUUCUAUCCUUGAAUCUGGAGGGUGUUUCUUCCUCCUUUUGCUUAAUUUUUUCAAGUGCCAUCCACUUACCUGUACUGUCUGCACAUUCCUUCAUUGCCAUGAGGAUGGCCUCUCUACAAUGGUAUAGUUGUAGAUAAUCCUCAGGAUUGUUAUAGUCCCAUUUGGGAUCUUGAGAUGGCUAAUGUGCUGCAUUUCACCCCCAGAUUUUGUUGACGUGAGCAAUUAUUUUAUUUUUUUCACGUUCAGUUAAAAAAAGCCUGUAGCAACUUCUCAACAUCCUUGUAAGACAGAUUAUACCGAAAAAAUAUGUCUGCCAGCUUUUUUGUUACUAGAAAGGGAUCUUCUUAUGUGGGGCUAUUUCAUGAAAAUUCAUUUAUUUCUUGGGGAGUAAACGGUAUCCUGUGUCUUAAAGUCACCACAUCCCCAUUCUGUCCUAUUUCAGGUACUUCUCUUAGAGGAAAUGGGCCUCUAGUUGAAUUUUGUACCUGUGGGUCAGUUUGACUAGGACAAGUAUCUCUAGGAGGACAAGAUCUCUUUUGCGUUGGAAUUUGUUUUUUCUGUAGGAGAGGGAACAUGAGAAACUGUGAUUGCAGGGGAAGGGUUUUGGGGAUUAAAUUCAGUCAACAUUUUCACUACACGAGAGAAGCAGUCUGUUAACUGAGCUAUAUGGAAGGUGUUUUCCAUCCCUAUUUCAGGGAAGGAAAUUUCCUCAUUCAGAGGUUCUGAAACAGGUCUGUUUCUGGUAGGGUGGAUGUUUGCUAAUUGAUUCUAUAAGAAACAUUUUAAGUUUUCAAAUUGGGCUUGCAUGUUCUCUUGCAUCUUUUAUGUCCUCAAUUUUUUGAGUUUUUCUGAAUUUCAGCUUCAGUUUUUUUUUUAUGUUAGCAUUUCUAAACACAGUGCUGAGGAGUACAAAAUGGCAUUACCCAUUAAUAUAAAAAAUUGGAGGUAUGCUGUAUUCCUCAAUGUCCCUAAUUCUUCAACCGCCAUAUAAAUGUCGAAGAAUGUAGUAUUCAUUUAUAUAUGUAUAUAUUUUUUUGUAAUUUUUCUAAUGGUCUCCACAAAACACAUGGGGAGCAGGACAACACCAAAACUUUCUACAGGUUUUUUCCACUCCUAAUUACAGGAACUAGGUAGUUGUUCCCUAAGGGAAAGGAGUUUAGAAACAGCUCUCCCAGCCAGGACCUUAGGGCCCUGUUGCUAAGAUUUUAAACAGCUGUGUUCUAUUUAAGGAGAGAGGGAGAAAAGAAAAAAAAAUCCAAAUUUACUUACCUGUAUAGCUGAUCAAAAUAAGCUAUUAAAAGAUAGUCACAGUAGAAAAAAAGUUUAGGAAAGUUAAGAAAAUUGUGGGUAUUUCUUAACACAGACAUGGUCAGCCAAACUGUAAAGGGUGAAUAUUAUGGUUGAGACUGAAAAAAUUUGAAUUUAAAUCAUCACCAAGGGAAAUUCCAAAUAAAAAAAUACCCAAGUUAGCUGCCAAAUUUUUAUGGUGUUUUAAUUACAACAGGAGGAAGAAAAUAUUAGAGGGAGGAAGAGAGAGAUAGAGACAGAGAAGGAAAGUUUAACUCAGAACCACUCUGGCUCAGGUUGAGCCAAAGCUGGUGUUAUGGCCUUGGAGAGCCAAUGGCAAGGAAAGGCGUCAGUCCUAAUCACUCACAUGACCAGUCUGAAGGAAAACAAUCUGCGGGGCUCCUCCAACCUCAGGCUCCGGGAUCCAACUGCCUCUAGCCCUCUUCACAGGAAGUCCUGAAAACUCCAGAGGCUAUUCUCUACCUCACUUCCUGUGUCUCACAUGUGCCAAUGCUGGCUCAAGCUUGACUUAGGACCACCCAGAGGUCUGUCCUUUUUUACACAUGUCUGUUGAGGGCCAUAUUCUCAAGUAAUUAAAUCUUGAAUUUGCUGCAGCCCUUCCUCAUCUUGUUACACUGAGUAGGGUGGAGAAUGUAGUUUCCAAGACCUGAUUCUGUUAUUCCAUGUGUCUGUAUUGUAAUUAGUCAGGAAAUAGCUAAAUCUGAUCUUCUAAAGAAUGGUCUGAAUAGGGUGGAGUGGUUUUGAAAUUCACUCCUCUGAUCCUGCAUCCAGAGAGGAAUAGGGGGCAGCUGAGCUGGGUGAGAGGUGGAGGAUGAGAGCUCUGAAGAGAUGUCCAGCUUUUGUUCAGUGAAAUAUGAGGCCAAGUUCUCAGCUCAGAAGGUAAGGCAGGGAGUGGCAGGAAGUCAUGAGCUAGAGCUGGAGACCACAGAAAUAUUUGGACAAGCUGCUGUGGUGGGUGACAAGGGGAGUCCAUGAGAGGGACAUCAUAGGAUUGUUUUGCCAUGGUGAGUACCCAGCUGAGGUCAGGGAACCUCAAUGAAGAAUGGAACCAUACAUCUGGUUUCUUGACUUUCCUUCUCUCCAUUGACCUGUAGCCCAUGAGCAGGAAUGAAGACAGCUGUAUUCCUUCAAAGUGAUCCAAGGCUAAACUUUUCCUAAAACAUUAGCUCCAGGCCCUUUCCUGGUCUCUGGUGUUCAAUCUUUGUCCUGUUCUUGUACAAUCAGGUGACCACAGCACCUCACUUUUGGGAGAUGAGAGCCUAGAGAGAAGCCUCUGGGAUCUCCAGGUCUGGGUCUGCUCUAGUUCCAAUGGAGUUUUUGUUCACUACUGAGCAAUAAGGGCAACAGAGAGACAGGAACACAGCUGAGUCCAGAGUGCACUUUUGCCUUCCAGGAGAGAGAACAGAAUGCAAGGAUCCUGAUAGAGUUUGGGACUGUCAUAAAACCCUGGGCCCAGUCAGUAAACAUGUGUUAAAUAAUAAAUAGGAAGGGAAACAUCAGUCUGGGCUGUCCUGGAGCUCACAAUCUAGAAUCCGCAGUGCCUCAGGUGCUCCUGUCCAGGGAGUUCCAAGGUGGAGGAGUACCGGCGAGCCCCCAAAUGUUAAGGUUCGGGAAUUCACCCACCACCAUGGAAUACCACCGACAAUGCAAUCAGACACGGAAAAGGCCCUUUAUUGAAAAACUGAUAUGCGCAUCAGGGGGAACCUCUGCCAUCAGAGUUCCAAGUUACUUCUGAAAGGCUGGGGUUUAAAUACUUUUCAUGAAUAACCUUUGUUGGAAAGUUGCUUUUUGCACCUGGGGUCUCAGUGCAUCAGGGACCUUGGUCAGAUCCCAGUGCAAGGUCCAAAGCUUAUCCAUCUGUAGCGGGGCCUUGGCAUUUUUCUUGGCUGAAUCUCCACAGAGGAAGGUCGG